GCAAUAAUGGCCUAACAAUCUUAUCAAUGACAAUCUCAUUCAUCGCUACCAACGCUGUGGUUCUGAUCUCCUUAUUAGUAUUGAUUGUUUAUAUCAUCAGCUUCGACAUCAUUAGCACUUCCGCUGUGUCAGCAGUGUUACGGUCGGAGCCGUGUCUCUGCAAUGAUGACGCUCAAAAUGGAAGUGUAUGCUCAACCUCAACUCCUAUAAUCAUAAUUUCCUCACAGCUCGAUUUAUCACCAAACAUUUCUACAUUUACUAUACCGCAGCAAGACUGGUACAAUGAAUUGAUAGCAAGGGGAGUCGGAAAGAAGGGUGGCAACAAGAUGAACAUCUCUUUGAUAGCAGCUUUUGAGUAUCCAGAUCAGCUGAAUGUCAUGAUAACUUCAAGAAAUAGGUUUGGAGAUGUUUUGUAUUGUCGCUACUUCGACGAAAACAAAACAGAGAUAGGUGACGCGUACAAGAGCGUAGUGUUCCCAGAAUAUAAUAUUCACUGCCUUCGUCGAAGCAGGGCUGCAUUCAUGUCACUAUCGGACUCACCCAAGGGAUCAUACGAAUUUCCUGUCUCGAUUACUGAUCGCACCAGGAUAGAGCCAGAGCAUUUCUUCUCCGUAUGCGUAGCACCUAUAUAUGGAAACGAGUCCAAAUGGAUACUAUUAGCUGAGCUUAUAGAGCAUUACAAACUGCAGGGUGCAACACAUUUUUAUGUGUACGUGAAAUACAUAGAUGAAUACAGUAGAAUUCUUCUGGAUGAUUAUAUCCGGACUGGUGAAGCUGAAGCAAUCAUUCUGCAUGAUCGAUUUGUCAGAAAUGAUGACCGUUGGCAAUCCGUACAGUUGCAAGAUUGUCUCCUUAGGGCUCGUGGACACUCGCGCUGGAUAGCGUUUAUAGAUCUAGAUGAGCGAUUGACACUCACGGAAAUAGAUGGAACCAUCUAUGAUUAUCUUAGAAACAUCUCCGACCCUUCUUUUGGCGGUAUUCAGUUUAGGCAAAGAUGGAUUUUGAAAAAUGAAACGUCGCCGGAGCGCUAUCUUGAUUACGAACAAGUGGAGAAUUACAUGCCGACGCGACGAUAUCAUAACACCUCUCAUGUUGGACCACGUGGCCACACGGCAAAGUGCAUAGUAGAUCCGCAGAAGGUACUAAUUAUGAAUGUACAUAACGUCACAAAGUUUUUCAAAGGAUACCGAUUGUAUCCGCUUAGACCGGAAGAGGGAGUCGUAAGGCACUAUCGAGACGUCGUCGCUGGUAAUUGGGGAAGAACAUGGUUGAAGAGUGUGGAAAGUAUGGGAAAUUUUACAUGGACUGAUUACCCGCAGAAGUUUAGUUCUGAUCUGCUAAAGAAUGUUCAGCAUCGACUGCACUAUGUGUACGGGACCGGAUAG